ACACUGCAGUAGUAGAAGCUACAGGAGUGGAGGAUGUGUGGUAACACUGCAGUAGUAGAAGCUACAGUAGUGGAAGAUGUGUGGUAACACUGCAGUAGUAGAAGCUACAGGAGUGGAGGAUGUGUGGUAACACUGCAGUAGUAGAAGUUACAAGAGUGGAGGUUGUGGUAACACUGCAGUAGUAGACGUUACAAGAGUGGAGGUUGUGGUAACACUGGAGAAGAUAACAGGUGUCACGUGACUGUCAGUGUAGUACACUGUCAGGUGUCAUAACAACAACAACAAGAAGUAGUACACGCUACUUCUUCAUUUAGACACAGACGUUGUGCAACUCUCAGCUGUUUUACAAGACUUAUUAUCAACUGUCAUCCAGAAUACCUCAGACUCACCACCUGGACGUGUAAGUUUAUUUACGUACAGGAGUGGCUGCUGUUUCUUCAUGAUGGAGAACAAAAUUUUAAAUUUCAAUAUUGGAGUCCUUGGACAUGUGGACAGUGGCAAGACAUCCUUGGCUAAAGCUCUCAGCACUGUAGCCAGCACUGCUUGCUUUGACAAAAACCCACAGUCAAAAGAACGAGGUAUUACCAUUGAUCUUGGCUUUAGCUCCUUCGUUGUGAAUGCCCCAGAUCAUAUUAAGGACUCUGGGUAUGAAAAGCUUCAGUUUACCUUAGUAGACUGCCCUGGGCAUGCAUCACUGAUUAGGACUAUCAUUGGAGGAGCACAGAUUAUUGAUGCUGUGAUGCUUGUUGUCGACGUUACAAAAGGAAUCCAAACUCAGACAGCAGAAUGCUUAGUUAUUGGUGAAAUUUUGUGCGAUCACCUCUUAGUGGUUUUAAACAAGAUAGAUUUGGUGGCUUUGGAGAAACAAAAGUCAGUUGUUGAGAAAAUGACAAAAAGGAUAUUAAUCACUUUACAGAAAACAAAAUUUGCCAAUGCAGAAAUCAUCGUAGUAGCAGCUAAGCCAGGAGGUCCAGAUGUACCUGAUAUUGAACCUGUUGGAGUGAAAGAUUUAAUUGAUGAACUACAAAAGUUUGCUUAUAUUCCUGAAAGAGAAUCUAUAGGUCCAUUUUUGUAUGCAGUUGAUCACUGUUUUAGUAUAAGAGGUCAAGGGACUGUCAUGACAGGAACAGUGCUACAAGGAACAGUUUCUGUAAAUGAUAAUAUUGAAAUUCCUAGUCUGAUGGUGUCAAAGAAAGUUAAAUCUAUGCAGAUGUUUCGACAGCCAGUAGGAAAGGCCUCACAAGGAGAUAGAGUUGGUAUAUGUGUAACACAGUUUGACCCUAAGCAGUUAGAGCGAGGUAUAGUUGGUAUGCCAGGAUUUAUACAGACAGCUUCUGGGGUUAUUGCUGAAGUAGUAAAGAUUACUUAUUACAAACUGCCAGUGGAGACAAAGGCAAAGUUUCAUGUAAGCCUUGGUCAUGAAACAGUUAUGGCCAAAGUAACAUUUUUUGGUACUGAAGAUGAACUUUGUGUUAAUAAUGAAUUUAUUUAUGACCAUACCUAUAGAUAUCAACAGGAGCUAUUUGAUUUACAAAAACUUGAUGAUGAUGUUACUUAUAAACCAAAGCAUCAGUUUGCACUUCUGGAAUUUGAAAAAACAGUACAAAUAGUUCCAAAUGCUGUAUUAAUAGGGUCAAAAUUAGACAUGGAUGUUCAUACUAACAUGUGUCGUCUAGCAUUCAAAGGAAAACUGCUGGAAGUCUUCACAGACAAGGGCUAUCAUGACACACAUCUGCAGAAGGUUAAAGUUUACAAAGACAAGAGUAAGGAAGGUGUUAUUGAAAGACUUGCAAAUGAUAAUGAAGUUAUUGUGAAAAAUCUACUGAAGAAAGAUACCAAUAUCCAGCUCUUUAUGGGUCUCAAGGUAAAGCUCUCAACAGGAGAAGAGGGUACCAUUGAUGGCACUUUUGGCCAGAGUGGCAAGUUGAAAGUAAGAGUUAACAGCUUACAGGAUACUACCAAAGUUACCUUGCAGAAGCUCUCAGGAGGUAAAAAGAAAGCCAAAAGUGGACAGAAUUAUUCCCCCAUAGUUGAAAACAUAGAACCAGUGAAAGUUAUACUCAAUUUUAAGAAAUAUAUAUUUAGCAAUGAAAAAAAAUUGGUACAAAUAUGAUAUAAUGUUUUUAAGAUUUGUAUUUUUUUUUGAUGUACUGAUAUAUGCUACUAUACUUGGAUAUAGCUCAUUAAGAUUGCCAAAACUGAAAUGCCUUUUACAAUUUUCUCCUCUUUUCUUAAUAAUAAUAAUAUCAAAAAGAAGCGCUAAGCCACAAGGACUAUACAGCCUCUUUUCUUAUGGUAGGCCAGCCUAAUUUCACUAUUAUCAGUCUUGACACAUUUUUAAACCAUGAUUCCCACAUAAAUCCUUAUCUUGGUACACGUUUGGAAUGUUCAGGCAUGUCUUGCUUAUAUUACUCCAGUAAAAUUCCUAAAUCAGCUUAGAAAACUUAUUUUUCUGUGGAUAUUAUUAUUAUUAUUAUAAUCAAGGGGGAAGCGCUAAACUUUUCUGUGGAUAGUGUGUUCAGCUGUAACAAUUUGUUUCAAUGGAUAUGUGGUUUUAUUAACAGUAGUUAAGCAAUUUUUUAUAGUACUGUCCAUACUAACAUUAGUGGGGAAACUUAGUUACAGUAUAGCACCUCUAUACUAUUUGCCCAAGUACUGUAAUCUGUAUUUUGCUGUACUGUAUUAAUAAAUGCAUGAAUACAUA